AUGAGGCCUGAGUAUCGACAACAGUUGGCCUUAUUUGAGAUCACAUCUUAUGAUGAGAUGUGUAAUAAGCUAAGAAUAGCUGUGAGAAAGGGUAGAGAGGCAGAGACUGAGAAGAGAAGGGAUAGUCAGGGUAGAUUCUCACAAUCACUUGGCCUUACCGGUAGAGUUAAUAAGAGAUUCAGUUUUAACUCUGGUAGUUCUGGGAGCUUUACGAAGAGGAAGACUUUUCAAAGGGGAUCACAAUCUCGAGGUUCCUUCCAGAAGAGCAAUGGACCAAAGAAUAGUGCUAAUGGUGUACAGCCAUCUCAGCAAGCUUCCACAAUGCAUGUGCCUACUCUUAGUAUAGCCAGAACCCCACAGUGUUCAAAGUGUGGGGGAUAUCAUGUGGGAAAGUGUUGGGUUUACUUUAAGUAUGGCAAGACAGGGCACAUUGCCAGAGUAUUCGCGUUUUCCCAAGAGGAGGCAGGUGCGUCUCUAAAUUUGAUUAGAGGUAAAAUCUCUUUGCACAACGAUGAUAUAGAUGCUUUGUCUGAUUUGGGUGCUACCCAUUCUUGCAUUUCUGAUAACUAUGUGUUAAGGUUGAAAUUGUCAGUGUAUACCUUGCCAUAUGUGAUUAAUGUGUCUACGCCAGUGAGAAUUUUUGUGAGAACCGACCGUGCUUGUUUAGGUGUUGAUUUGAGAUUUAAGAAUAGAUCAACUACCAUUGAUUUGAUCUAUUUGCCCAUGAUUGGGAUUAACGUAGUGGUAGGUAUAGACUGGUUGUUGGCAAAUAAUGCGACACCAGACUGUGUAAGAAAGAUAAUAUCCUUGCCAAUAUACACUGCACCUACAAUGAAACCUAGUCAGUCAAGAUUCUUGUUUGUAAUGCAAGAAAAAAAGUGCAUUCAACAAGGCUGUCAGGCAUAUAUGAUGUUCUUUUCUGUUUAUGCUACUUAUGAUAAAGCAAUUGAGAAAAUUAGAGUGGUGAACAAAUUUCUUGAAAUAUUCUCAGAAGAAGUGUCUGGAUUACCGCUUGAGCGAGAGGUGAAAUUUUCUAUUGACCUUGUACCUGGAACAGAACCCAUAUUGAAAGCUCCAUAUUGGAUGUCUCCAUCUGAGUUGGCAGAGCUAAAGAAUCAAUUGGAGGAAUUACUAGAGAAAGGGUUCAUAAGACUGAGUGUGUCUUUGUGGGGAUCGCCGGUGUUAUUUGUGAAGAAAAAGGAUGGUAGUAUGAGACUUUGCAUUGACUACAGACAGCUGAACAAAGUGACAGUCAAGAACAAGUAUCCUUUACCUAGGAUCGAUGAUUUGCUAGAUCAGUUGGUUGGAGCUACGGUGUUCUCAAAGAUUAACCUGCGAUUAGGCUACCAUCAGUUGUAA